UGCACUCCUUUGAUCAUGUCAGACAUAGAUACCUUAACUUUGUUCGGUUGAGCAAACCAGAGACAACAAUGGGAACGGUUUGCUGCAUCAGCAAAUUUGCUACUUUGAGCUACGUCAGAUCACGACCCUUCUCUUCACUCCUUCCCUCUCACCCUUUUCUCUCCACAACUUCCACCAACUUCAGCUUGGCCUCGUCUUUUUCUUCUUCUGCCACAUUAUCGUUCACAUGGGACGAUGCCAUUGCCAUAUCUCAAUCUCAAUCUAACACACAAGACCGCUCUCGCUAUCUCCAAGGCUUCUUCAACAAAGUUCAACUAUGCAAUCGUGGUUCUGAAAAACAAUCUGAGUUCCUUCCGUUUGUCAUCGAGGGCCACAUUGUUGGAUUCAUUCACAAUGGAUUUGUGGAGCAUUUGAGGGGCUUUGGCGAUGUGUUCGUUUUCCCCAAAGAAAAAUUCAAUGGAGGCCCCAAUGGUGACUUUGUUUCUUUGCAUCCAAUGCUGAAGACAGCUGACGAAAGAACCAGUGCUGUUGCAUAUGUAGUACAGCAGUUGGGAGAGGAGCGGAUUCCAGGUAUACGGAACGAGCUUUACCCUGUGACAUCAUCCUUUGGUGCACCCAUUUUCUUUUCAUUGGAGCGUGCAGCAGCUCCUUAUUUCGGCAUAAAGGCUUAUGGAGUCCAUAUGAAUGGCUAUGUUGAGGUGGAUGGGCAGAAGCACCUGUGGAUAGGAAAGAGAAGCGACACCAAACAGACAUAUCCUGGAAUGCUUGAUCAUCUAGUUGCAGGAGGACUGCCACACGGCAUUGACUGUCAGGAGAAUGUCAUAAAGGAAUGUGAAGAGGAAGCAGGAAUACCUAGAUCUAUCUCUGUCAAAGCCAUACCUGUAGGAGCUGUUUCAUAUAUGGAUAUUGAUGGGUAUAGAUACAAGAGAGAUGUUCUAUUUUGUUAUGAUCUAAAACUUCCACAAGAUUUCAUACCUAAUAAUGAAGAUGGAGAAGUUGAUAGCUUCAAGUUGAUCCCUGUUAGACAAGUUGCAGAAGUCAUACGUAAGACAGAGUUUUUCAAGACAAAUUGCUCGCUCGUAAUCAUUGACUUCCUGUUUCGACAUGGAUACAUCACUCCUGAAUAUCAUGGAUAUUUGGAUCUUCUACGAAGCUUAAGAAUAGGAGAUUGCUCCUGACACAAAGUAUCAUGAAUAUUCACUGUGUCAUGCAUUGAUAUUUGUUGUUGAAACUUCAUAAUGGUUAAUUCAAUAUUAUCUUAGAAACUGUUGGAUUGCACUUUUCCAGUGAUGCAGUCUUCAACUUGGAUACUUAUAUUGUACUUCUGAUUUUUGCAAUAAUUGGUGAGUAAACAUUAAACAUGUUCAAAGAA